AGUUUGGACACACCUACUUAUUCAACGGUGUAGAGAUGGAUAGGAAAGAGAGGUAGGCAGAUGCAGAUGGGUGAAGGGACAUACUGUAGGGUGAAAUGUGCAGUCAAAUGAAUGGUGCAUGUGUUGCUUUUUAAAGGUUGGUUGUAUAUUGAUUUUUAGCAUGGAUGUGGGGGUUCUUCACACAGGUAGAUUGCUGUAGUGUUGCUGUGGUCUAGACUCUAAUGUACAUUCGGUCAGGCAUUUCCUACCAUUUACCUUAUUGAUCCCACAAUACAACAAUGUAUUUACACUGUGAUGCAAUGAGUGUGGAAUGUGAAUGAUUGUAUAUCCAUCACUGUGAUAUAUAUAAUGCCAAUUUUCACACAGCUUUAUUGAGGAAGUUGUCAUGAUUCAUUUGCCAUGGUGCAUGUCUGCCGCUGUGGCAACUUCCCUUUUCUACCUCUCCUCAAACCAUUUCCCCUUUUUUUCUCCCUGUCUUCUAUUAUUGUUUCUGUGCUGCCCAUCCUCCAGUCUGGUUCUCAGUUGUCUGUCAAUAUGAAUACCCUCCUGAUCAGUCAAGGAUCAGAACCCGCCUCCUUGGAGACUAAGUCACCUGCAGCCCCUGCUUCCCCAGUAGUUGUAACCAGAGACCCAACUGGGCCUGGUGAUCUGCAGCUGGAGCCCCCCAGUGACACGUCCCACUCCUGUAACCCUGUUCCUUUAGAACUCCACAUAGAUGAAGAUGCCUGCUCUGGCCCUCCCUCCUCCACCCCCCUCUCAGCUGCUUCAGCCUCCUCCGUUUUGUUGGCCUCGUCCCAGAGCCUCCAGUACACCCAGAUUCACACACAGCUGGAAGGAGUUACUGAUCCCAGCGUGAGAACUACACUGACCUCCCACAUGGAGUCCCUCACUGUGGUCUCUAACACCACAAGCCACACUUUGCCAAAGACCCCCUAUCCUUCUGUUGCCCCCGUUGUAAAGUACAACAGUCCUGCAGUGUAUACAAAGACCACCAAGAUGCCUAGUCCAGUAACUUUUGCCAAGACCCCUAGUCUGGUACCUUUUGCCAAGACCCUUAGUCCCAUGACUCUUGUCAAGACCCCUAGUCCUAUAACUGUUGCCAAGACUCUUGGUCCAGUUAUGGUUGCUAAGAGCCCCAGUCCUGUUCCGAUUCCUAAAAGCCUCAGUCCUCUUCCAGUUGCCAAGAGCCCCCGUCCAGUUCUGGUUGCUAAGAGCCCCAUUCCUGUUAGUGUUGCUAAGAGUCCCACUUCUAAAACGAUCACCCUUCCUCAGUCAGCUUCCAUUGAUCCAUUUUCCCCACUGAAGGAGAAGCAUCCAGAAACACCUGCUGCUCAGCUAGCAGAGCCCCCUACUGCAUGUCCUGACUUGGGGAUAACAUGGCCAUGUCGGGAGCCCUUGCUGAAGGACACCCUUGACAGAUUGCUGUCCUUCGACUUUUCCCUGCCAGAGAGAGAAGUGGAGCAUGCCAAGGAGACUCAUCAGGACAAAGAGGAGCUUUAUGCCAUGGCAGGAGACAAGGAAAGGACUUGGGAGGACAAGGAAAGUAUUAACCCAAGGCACAGCACGUCCCUGGACGGGCGCGAGAGGACAAUGACCCCCCUUAACAAGGCCAGCUGGAUGGACGACUGUUUGACCCCCUCGACGUGCCCAGGGACCCCCGAGACCACCCUGGACCUGCCCCUGAACCAGCCUUCGGCCGUGGAGAGGCUGUCCACCUCGGGCCAACUCAAGUCGGUUAUCCGCCGCACCAAAGAGACGCCCAACGUGCACCCCAUGUACCGAGACGGGCAUGUGUUAAGGCGUAAACUGGGUCCUGUCAUCUUCACCAAGAGCAGUUCCCAGGACUGUCUCAUCGCAGAGCUGCAGGGCAAGCUGGGAAUCGAACGCGCCGUUGAGCGCCGACGCAAGAAGCAGUCAGACGACUGGCUCACUGAGGGGGUCAUCGUCAUGAACAACCCGCAGCGCAUGCGGGAAGCCAGGGCCUCGCCGGUGGUGGACAAGGUACAGAGAUGUGGCCGGAGCCAGUGCUAAGUCAUCUCAUUGGGCCAAAUUUGGACCGACUAGUUGUAGAGCAAUACAGCACCUUCCAGUAGCGUGUUCCUUGAUUAGUGCUGUUAUUCUAGAGUAACGUUAUCAAGGCAAUGUUCUAUACCACACAGAUGGACUAUGACUAGCGAACAGUUUCUCAACCGUAUUCUUCUGUAACCACUUGUUGAUGUUUUUUUGCUCCACCUGAGGCUUUCUAUUUCCUGUGUUUCAUUGUCACUUCC